AUGCAUGCAAUUAGAGAAAAGAAGAAAACGGAAGUGAAGUCGGGGACACUUGACCCAGAAUGGGACGAGACGCUGAAAUGGGAACUUGGCUCGAAAGCCCCGCGAGCAGAUGGAUGCAUCGACAUUACAGUAAAAGACUACGAGAGAAUUGGAAAGAAUAAGGUCCUGGGAAAAGCCACCAUCGCGCUGCGCAACCUGAUCCACGCGACCCCAGGGACGCCCAUCGACUAUGAGUUGGGACUACUUGACGCCCAGGACUCUCCCACUGUGGGCACGCUCACGCUUAAAGUUUCGUACACCCCGCCGCCAGGCGCUGCGGGCGCUGUUAGCGGAGGGCCCACCGUAGGCGCGAUGGCAGCCCGGAGCGCGGCCGUGACCUCGGACCUAGCAGACGGUGAGGAUCAAAGCACCGGGGGCACUGACCUCCCGAACGGUUUACCUGCCGAGAGAAGCGGCAGGAAGCGAGACAAAGUCAAAGCCGGGCUUAAGCGUAUCACGGGACUUAAAGCCAAAGGCCUUAAAGACUCAAGGAUUGCUGCUCCUGCCGAAGGCACGCAAGCGGCGGCGGGCGCUGGUGCCAUGAUGCCCCAGAUGCCACAGCAGCGCCAUCGUGACCGACUCUCCAACGUCAAGACUAAGUUCCAGGUGCGCGUGCGCGUGGUCGAGGGGCGGCGCCUGAUGGGCGGCAACAUGAACCCCGUGUGCCGCGUGUCCCUGGACGGCGACGCCAAGCAGACCCGCGUCCACAGGGGCACCUCCAGCCCCUGGUUUGACGAGAUCUUCUUCUACCAGCUCGAGAAGCUCCCCAGUGAGCUCCUGGAGGAUUUCCUUGAGUUUAAGGUCUGCAAUUCUAGUGGCAUUCGCUCCACGACCAUCAUUGGCGCCUUCAAGUGCGAGGUGGGCAUGGUGUACGACCAGCCCGAGCACGCAGUCGUCAACCGCUGGCUCGUCUUGGCCAACCCGGACGAACCUACGCCUACUGUGCAAGGAUACCUGAAGGUGAGCGUGGCCGUCUUGGGCCCAGGUGACGUGUGCCCUGACCUGACUGCCUCGCGCACCGACCAGGACGACGUGGAAGCCAACCUGCUGUGGUCGGCCGGCGUCCACCUGCAGCCGGCGACCUUCACGCUCACCGUCUACUGCGCACAGAACCUCCCGCGAAUGGACGCAGGGACGAUGCAGACGCUGAAGGAGGUGCUGGGGAUCGGGAAGGCUUCCAAGGAGCUCGUGGAUCCCUACCUCCUGGCCUCCUACGCCGGCCGGGAAGUCCAGACCAAGAUCAUGUACACGAACGAGAAUCCGGAGUUCCGCCAGGAUCUGCACAUGGGCUUCCUGUUCCCGUCCAUGUGCAACGUCAUUCGCGUGACGCUCAAGGACUGGCGCGUCCUCCUGGCACUGCACACGCACGUGGGGUCGUAUCCGCCCGCGCCCUCGACCGCCAUUGAUAACGACGCCUUCAAUGCCGUCAGGAGGUACCGGGGAACGAGGAGGUUCAUGCUGAUGUGCCAGCUGGCGGGGGCAUGGCUCCUGGAGGAGGCGGGGAGGCCCCUGGAGAUCGAGGUGUCCAUCGGCAACUUCGGAAACAAGCUUGAGAACACCAUGCUGCCUUCGCCCUCGUCCACGCACCCUGCCAAUCCGGUGUUCGAUGGCUGCAAGUAUUACUUCCUGCCAUGGGGCGACGCCUUGCCGCUGGUGACUGUCCACUGCGACUGGGAGGAUGUCACGCACAGACUUCACAGCGUUAACCACGUCACCGCGAUAGCAUCGGCACUGAAGAAAGAUUUGCAGCAAGCGGAGCUGGUGUUGCGAAGUAAGCACCAAACUCCUGAAGGGAGGAAGGAGGUGGCAGACAUCUUGCAAGACACACUGACGAAGCUGAUUGACGCGUGUAGGGCGCCCUUGCCAGCCGUGGACCCUGUUCGCCACGUCGAGACGUCGCUGGACCGCCACCUGAGGGACCGACGCAGACUCGAGUUGGACCAAAUCGCGAUGUCGUGUCAGGACCUCGAUACCUCAGAACACCAGUCCGUCCUGGAGGAACUGCAGGCCGUCCUCACCCUUCUGGAGGACCUGGCUGUUGAACCUCAGAAUAGCAUCCCUGACGUCUUCCUGUGGCUCAUGAGCGGAACGCGACGCCUCGCCUACGUCAGGAUUCCCGCCCACGCCGUCCUUUAUUCCCACGACCUGGCCGCCCAGGGAGAGCUGGCCGGGAAGUUCAAUACCUACACCCUCUGCUACCCAGACAAGGAUGAGAGCUUCGUGGGCGGCGUCGUGCGGGCGUCGGUGUGGCUCGGGCAGGAGGCGGACGUCAGGUCCUGGUGGGACAACAGGCCAGACGUCCAGCUCACCGUGUAUGCCGAGUCGUAUGAGAAUCAGGUGAUCGCCGUGCCCGGCAGCGGCAAGUGGGGCACCAGCGGCCUCCUGCUCACGCGCCCCGCCUUCUCCGACGCCGACGGGCGCCUCAGCCUCCCUCGCGAAGCCUUCCCGGAGCCCGAGGGAUGGAAGUUCCAAGGGGACUGGAUCGUCGACCCGGACCCCAGUGUGAAGUACGAGGCGGAUGCAGGGCGACAGCUGUUCACGGAGGAGGUGUACGAGCAGCAGAUGCGCAUGCCGGGCGGGACGUGGCUCCCCGCCCCCUCCAACACGUGGACCGACGCCCGCGGCGACCCCGCGUCCAAGCGAGAUGAGAUCGCUUGUCCGGACGGAUGGAAGUGGCGGGACUUGUGGUCGUAUGACCUGCAACGCGCGGUGGACGGCGAGGGCUGGGAGUACACCGUGGAGAGCGGCCUGGUGGGCUGGUCGCCGCAGGAGAAGAUCUACCACGUGACCCGCAGGAGGAGGUGGAUUCGCGAGCGCUUCCUGGUUCACAAGGUCGAAAAGCACCAGGAGGUAGGCCAGGUAGAGGGCUGGGAGUACGCCCCCCUGUUCCGCCUGCAGUUCCACGCCCUCGAGAGGAAGGUGGACAUGGUGAGGCGCCGAAGGUGGAGGAGGCGCCUUGUGCCCGCCCAGCCCGGAGGAGCCCCGCCCACGCCAAGACUCGUCGUGAAGGCGGGAGAUGGCGAUGACGCAAUCACGCAGCUCACGUGCCCACGGAUGUACGUGGUGAGUGCCGAGCGCCACACGUUCCAGCUCCGUGCGCACUUGUACCAGGCACGUGACUUGCCGGCGGGAGACAAGACAGGGCUUUCGGACCCCUACGCCGUGGUGAGCUUCUGCGCAGGAACACAGCAGACGGAGAAAGAGCGGGCGACGCUGUGUCCUACGUGGGACCAGACGCUAAUCUUUGACGACGUGAAGCUGGCGGGCCCCGUGCUCACCACCCGCACGCAGGCGCCACAGGUGGUCGUUGAGGUCUUCGACUGGGAUGCCAGGGGCGCCCCGGAAUUCCUUGGGCGUGUGUUCUGCUCUCCUACCAUGGUCGAACUGGGCGAGGCGUACCAGUCACUGCCUCUGAAGUGGUACCCGCUCUCGCGAGGGAAGGACAAGCAAGGUGAGCUCCUGGCGUCUUUCGAGCUCCUCCCGAAGGACACGGCGGAGGAGCUGCCCAUUCUCCCCCCGACGCGCGGAGACUUCUACAUGGUUCCCUUCGGCGUGAGGCCCCUCCUGCAGAAGACCAGGGUUGAGGUGCUGUGCUGGGGCGUCCGCAACAUGUCCACCUUCGAGCUGCAGUCCGUGACGCGUCCGUCGAUCGAGUUCGAGUGCGGCGGCGAGCGGGUGACGUCACCCAUCAUGGCCAACCUCAGAGUCAACCCAAAUUUCGACAAGCCUCACCUGGUCUUCGAUGUGGAACUCCCGAAAGAGGACCUGUACAUGCCGCCGCUGACCCUGCGCGUGGUCGACCACCGGGCCUUCGGGAGCAAGCCUGUCGUGGCCACCGCCGUGGUGUCCGACCUUCACCAGUACACCGUGGAGCCCAAAUCUGCAAGGAAGAAGCGGAAGGGAAAAAGGGUCCCUUCGCACCUCAGAGAGAGCUUGCCAGCCACCACUCUGCCGCUGCUGGACUCCAAGGCGGCUAAGGAAAAGGCUGACUUCGCCCACUCACGCCCGUCUUUGAGUCAUGCGCAGGCUGCCAGGGAGCCAGGUACAGUGGAUACAGACAUCGACUGGUGGGCCAAGUAUUAUGCGUCGUCGGGCCAGUCCAACCGCUCCGGGGCCUAUCUGUCCAAGGGAUACGAGAAGAUGGAGGUGCUGUCAGGAGCCUUGGAGGACGAGAUCAGGUUCUCCGGUUUCCGCGACCUCGUGGACACCGUGAAGUUGUUCCGGGGGCGCGGAGAACAGGCUCAAUUCGCCGGCGAGUUCAAGGGCACCUUCCGCGUGUAUCCCCUGAACCAAGAGGAAGGCGACGACCAACCGCACCUCCUGUCCGGCUUCCCUUCCCCCGACCCGCAGGAGGUGAUCGCGCGAGUCUACGUGGUGCUGGGGACGGACCUGGCACCCAAGGACGCCGGGGGUUCCUCUGACCCCUACGUCACGGUCAAGUUCGGGAAGACGAAGAGGUCCUCCAAGGACGACUUCCGCCCCAACACACUCAACCCCGUCUUCGGACACGUGUUUGAAGUUGGAGGAACUCUGCCUCUCCACAAGGACCUUCUGGUGCAGGUAUGGGACCGCGACCUCGCCUCCUCGGAUGACCUCAUCGGAGAGACCACCAUUGACCUGGAAAACCGCUUCCUCACCCGGCACCGUGCCACGUGUGGGCUCCCGAGGCAGUACCAUGUGAGCGGCUCCAACGCCUGGAGAGACGCGGAGACUCCCUUCGAGGUGCUGGCUGAGGUUGCCAAGCUGAGGAACCUCGAGGCGCCCGUGUGGCAUGCUCAGCCCCCUGCCAUUGCCGUCGCGGGGAACAGCUACCCUCUCACGGAGUUCGAAUCCCCUGACGCGUCGCUGCCAUCCACCGUGGGUCCUCCGAAGGAGCGUCUGGCUCUCUACAUUCUGCACAAGCACUUCGCGCUGGUGCCCGAACACGUGGAGUCCCGCGCCCUCAUGCACCCUGCUCGGCCCGGCGUUCCCCAGGGGCAGCUGCGCCUGUGGGUCGACCUCUUCCCUGCCUCCGCACAGCCACUGCCUCCGCCCGUGGACAUCACGCCACGGCGCCCUCGCAAAUAUACGCUGCGAGUAGUCGUGUACAAUGUGUUCGAAGCGCCGCUCCAGGAGACCAGCUUAGUCGGACGGGAAAAGAUGAGCGACGUGUACGUGAAGGGCUGGCUGCAGGGAACCAAGAACGUGCAGAAGACAGACAUCCACUACAGGUGCAUGGACGGAGAGGCGAACUUCAACUGGCGCCUCGUCUACGACCUGGACAUGAUGGAGGCGGAGCAGAUGAUGGUGGUGGAGCACAAGGAGCACCCGUGGAGCCUCCACACCACGCAGCAGAGGCGGCCUCCUCAGCUCACGCUCCAGCUCUGGGACAACGACCUGAUCCUCAGGGAUGACUAUCUGAGCGAGAUGACCCUCGACCUGUGCCGCAUGCCGAAGCCAGCGAAGCGCGUGGGCGACGUCGGGCCCGAGCAGGUGCCGCAGAUGCAGGGCGACGGCGACGCCAACAGCGUGGCCAUCACGCUGCUCGACGACCACUCGACCGCCGUCAACCUGUUCGAGGCCAAGCGCCUCUACGGCUUCUUCCCCUUCGUCAGGGUCACCGAGGGCGUCACCGAGAUAGCGGGUAAGAUUGAGAUGGAGUUGGAGGUGCUGACGGAGGAGGAGUCGAAGACGAGGCCAGCGGGCAUGGGUCGAGACGAGCCCAACAUGAACCCCAAGUUGCCAGAACCCAAUCGCCCCGCCACCUCCUUCCUGUGGAUCACCUCGCCGUGGAAGUCGUUCAGACACGUCGUCUGGAAGAACUACAAGUGGUACUGCAUCACGCUGGUCGUCCUCGCACUCCUGUUCCUUUUCCUGUUCCUCCUCCUCUAUUCGCUGCCGGGCGCCACCAUCGACUACCUCAUCGGCGUGGAUUAAGGAAAUCAACGGCGUGGGUGUCGCUGCCUGUGCGCGUGUGUGUGUUCUUCCAGUAUGUGGGUAGAGAAGAGCAGGGUGUCGAGAUUUUACUGGGACUUCAUCUUGACAUCUUUACGCGAUGGAAAGACAGAUUAAUCGUAUAAAAAGGAGAGAUUUACUAUAAAAGUAGAAACAACUGUUUUUUUUAUCAAAACGAUCCAGUAAUAGCUUAACAUUUAUCAAACAUUUAUCUUUAAUUAACAUUUCUCAUCUUUUAUAUAUACUAGACACUAGUUGAAUAAAAAAGUUGUUAAAAUUUACUAGAUAUACUAUAUACAUGACAAAGAUAUACUAUGUAUAU